CAAAAUUCAGACAACAUUUGACUUUGGAAACCUCGGGACUUGUUUCAAGAUCCAUUAUUCAAGUUCUUACAUUCCUGGAACCUCGCUCUCUGUUUGCCUCUUCCAACCUUCUUUCCACGAUGCGUUUACACUGCCAACUCGCCACAACUUUAAGAACUUUUCUUUCUCUUUACUUUUGGAUCUCUCUUUUAGCUUUCCCUUUGCGUGCCAUCUAAAAAGAAUUUGAUUUUCAGUUUUCACGUUUUUUGCAUGAUCCUCUGUCUCUGGAGUUGCUUUCUCUUUCAUUUCCAAGGCGUUUGAUUGAACUCUUGAUCAUUUCAUUUUUUCUAUAGUUCUCUUUCAAUUCAGGGGUCCGCUCUUUAAUUUGUCCCUAAGUUGGGGGAUAUUAAAUUGAAGCUUGAAGGGCACCAAUCAAAUUGGUAAGUGAUAUGUCGAAUAUCAAGUUAGAUCAGGUUGUUUGCCAUGAGUCUGAGGAAUCAGAUUUAAGGUGUUGGAAUGGGAAAGUGACAUCAGAUGAAAAGGUUAAUAGAGUAUACGAGAUCCUAAAUAGUAUCCAUAAGCAAGGGCAGAGGUCAAUCAGUGGUAUCAAAGCAAAUGCUGAGUAUGGAACAUUGACUGAUAGGUUUUUUAAAGGGAAUAGAGCAGCACUUGGUGACAGUUUCAAUCUUCCAUUUGAUGGGGAUGAAAAACCUGCACAUAUAUUUGGAAGAAAAUCUGGACCUCUUCUGUCAGGAACAGCCUACUGCAUUUCUUCGUGCAGCAUGAUACUGUUGAAUAAAGUUGUCCUCUCAAGUUACAAUUUCAAUGCAGGAGUAUCAUUGAUUGUUUAUCAAAAUCUGAUAAGUUGUCUAGUUGUUGCCAUAUUGGGUCUCUGUAGAGCUGUUUCAGUUGAAAAGCUCAAUUGGAAGCUGAUCAAGGUUUGGAUCCCUGUGAAUAUAAUCUUUGUUGGCAUGCUUGUAUCAGGCAUGUAUAGUUUGAAAUACAUAAAUAUAGCAAUGGUGACCGUUCUGAAGAACAUGACAAAUAUUUUAACAGCAAUUGGAGAAUAUUAUGUUUUUCGAAAACGUCAAAAUCAGAAAGUGUGGACAGCUAUGUUUAUGAUGAUUAUCUCUGCUGUCAGUGGUGGUAUUACAGAUCUCUCAUUUGAUGCCACAGGAUAUACAUGGCAGAUUUUGAAUUGUAUCUUAACUGCUGGCUACUCGCUUACUCUGCGGCGUGUGAUGGACAAAGCUAAGCAGGCAACAAAAUCAGGAUCACUCAAUGAAGUGUCCAUGGUUUUGCUGAAUAAUUUGUUGUCUAUACCCUUUGCCAUCUUCUUGAUUUUCGUUUUGAACGAAUGGGAGUACGUAAUAAAUGUCAAUGUGAUUAAAUUGCCAAUGUUUUGGGUUUUUGCAACAGCUAGUGGAUUGCUUGGACUUGCCAUUAGCUUCACUUCCAUGUGGUUUUUGCAUCAAACUGGACCAACCACUUACAGCCUCGUAGGUUCCUUGAACAAGAUUCCUAUCUCUAUAGCCGGUAUCAUGUUGUUCAAAGUUCCACUAAGUGUACCAAACAUGUUCAGCAUACUUUUUGGUCUGUUUGCUGGAAUAUUCUUUGCCAAAGCCAAAAUGUCAUGAUCCAAGACCGAACCAUUUGCG